AUGGUGGUAUUUGAGGAGGCAUAUGGAUUCAAGUCUGGACUAGUUGGACUAACAUAUUUCAGCUUGGGCGUCGACUCUAUGGUCGGCCUGGUAUUCUUUGGAUACCUCUCAGAUCAUAUGAUGAAGAAUUCAACCGCAGAAGUCAAUGCUCUCGCUGCUGAAGCCUGUCAAGAGCCGCCUGUAAUCGUACCCAUCCUCUCCACCACUCUUGUUGGUGUUAGUAACAUAUUUGUAUACAUGUGCAUUAACCUUCACCUAGUGGGUACAUUCAUAAUCUUUGCUGCAAGUGCUUUAUCUGCGAACCCAAUUUUCAGGAGUGUAAGGGGAGCGGUACUCUCUCUUUGCGGACGAUAG